AUGGCUUCCAUCUACUCUUUAAACCACCCUUCUAAUCCCUUCUGGGAUUACAUGGCGUCGUCUCUGCAGGACCAUCCUUUCUUUGCUCCUCGAGGUCAUCACCAUCCUCCUCCCCCUCCCCCCUUCUGGGGCUGGGGCAACCACCAUCAUCCUCACCACCAUCGCCGUGGCCCUCCUCCUUUUGGGGGAUGGGAUGAGCAAGCCCAGCAUGAAGAUGAAGCCGAGGUCCCCCGUGCCGCAGAGCAAAACACUGAGGCCACCCCAGGACCCUCUACCCCAGCAGAGAACGUCAAGGAAGCAGAGAAAGAAGCUUCAUCCUCCGAGUCCGAGUCUGACAAGCACCCUCGUCGCCAUGGCCGCUGCGGCAAAGGAAAGCACCAUGGCCGUGGUCCCCACGGACUAGGUGGAGAAAAAGGCGGCAAGGGCCGCUGUGGGCCCGGCCACCAUAAGGGUUUCCCAGGUCAUCACGGCCCUGGACCAUAUGGACAUCCUGGAGCUGGUUUCUUUGGACCCCACGGAAGAGGAGGUCGCCAUGGUGGACGAGGCGGUCGAGGCAGACAUCACCGUGGUCCACCUCCAUUUGGCGCCGGACCAGGCUUCCCUGGUUUCGACUUUCUGCGCAACAUCGCGUCUCAAUUUGACAUCCAGUUGAACGGCCCAACUCCGGAAGGUGUGGACUUUGUGCCUUCCGUUGAUAUCUUCGAUGCCCCGGCCAGCUAUUUUGUGCACGUUUCGCUUCCUGGUGCAAAGAAAGAUGAUCUGAGCAUUGACUACGACACUGACGAAUCAGUGCUGCGCCUUGCUGGAGUUGUUUAUCGCCCUGGGAUGAAUGAAGAUCUGCACCAGGCUAUGGUCAUGGAAGAACGUGCCCGGGAGGUGGGCGUCUUUGAGCGUGAAGUCCGACUCGGAACCCACGAGUCCCCCGCGGCUAUCUCCGUCGAUGAGAUUACCGCUAAGUUAGAAGACGGCGUUCUGAUUGUGACUCUGCCCAAGAUUGAGGCCGAGCCAGAACCAAAGAAGAAGGUGGUCGUCGAAGAUGGAAACACGAUGAACGAGAAGGAUGCUAUGCAUGUGGAUGAACGUGCGAGCGUGACCUUGACUCCGGAAGGAAGUGACUCUGAGGAAGAGGAGACUAAGGAAUAUGUCAAGGUGCCUGUGCAGUAG